AUGGAGACAACAAGACAGAGUUCAGAUGCUUUGACAGACGCGCUUCGCUGCGUGGUAGAAGUCCGUCGCUUCCUCGAGCACUCGCUUCCAAUUUUUGCCCACGGCAAGAAGCGCUGCGUCUCCUUCCUCGCGGCGUCCAGACAAAGCGGAAACUCAACAGGCCAGGAUUCAGCCUCUCCUCCGGAUGCUGCCUGUCGAGAUGAAGCCGUGUGUCCCGGGCGAGGAAAGGCGUCUUGCUAUCUCUGUCUUUCUUCGGCAGCGGCCGCGAAGCCGGCAGCCCCCGUUGUGAGAAGGCGACAGCUCUGCACGUGUUCCGGCCUCCGGCUGCUUCCUCGGAGACUGCAGAGGCAACCGAACGGAGUCGACUGCGACGAGAGAAAACGGGAAGGAAAAGGCGGAACUGAGUACGAAAGAGAAGGAAGCGAAGACGAAGUGGAUGAAGGCGCAACAACUCAGGAAAGAGAAGGGGUGGACAGAGACGAAGGAGAGAGGGACAAGGAGACGGGCAAGGAUCGAAAGCAAAGAGGGGAGACUGCGUGGUGUACAUGUGACUGCGAGUCGGAGAUUUCCGCAGUCGACUCUUGCCUCUCGCAAAGAGGAGACACGAAAGAGGCGAGGAAAGGAAAUCGCGAGGACGGACCAGCGGCGAGUCAGGAACUCUGCACAUGCUCGCAGCGUCGCGAGACGGAGAAGACGCAACCAAGAGACGAGGAGAGAAGAGGACCGCGAGAGAUUGUGCAGAGCGAAGCCGAGACGGCGCAGCGAACAGAAGAGGCUGUGGUUCUUUCUUCCGCUGCUUCCAGAGACAACGCAGAGUCGAGCUACCUGUUCGUGGGUCACCGGUCGUCUUGGCGAACGCGCGCGACAGGCGAGAAAGUCGGUGAAGUCCGCGAAAGCGUCCUCGCGCUCGCGCGCUCCAGGCCGCUCCGAGGAGAGCGCGAAAAAGAGCGAAAGCCAGCCACUCGCACACCUGCAGGCCGCAGUGCCGCGAGCGACGCGCCUCCGAGCCGCAAACGCAGUGCGCAGGAGGUGAAGAAGAUCACGGAGAGUGCAGAAGAGAGACAAAGGAAGGAAACUGAGGACGAACUGCUCGUGCCGCAGUUGGGAGUGUCGCCAGGAGACCGCCGCUUCCAGGAGCGAGGCAUCGACGUGCAUGCAGGCGAACUCAGCCGCGAACGGUCUUCUUCGACACUCGAGCCGUUGUCUGCUCGCUCUGCCUCUUCUUUCUCCUUCUCUUCCUCUUUUUUCUCGCUUUCUUCACCAGACAUCCUCGCCCACGACGACCCGCUCGCGAGUGCUUCCGCGAGCCUAGCUCGAUCUUCUGGGUCUUCAAAACCCAAAGGCCCGCAACAACAGUCUCCCUCCGCCUCGUCUUCUUCCUCUUCCGCAUCGUCUUCCUCCUCUUCCGCCUCUUCUCCGUCCUCUUCUUCCUCUUCUGCCUCUUCUUCUUCUAUCAGCCGAAGGACUCUGCUUGAGGCUAAAGCGAGCCGCUUGGCUGAUUUUUCGUUUUUGUUUUCCGGUGUGGGAGACGACCGCCUCCCUACUUUCCGAGCAACGCGGCGUCACUCCGCUUCCUUGAAAUCGCCUUCUUCUCCCUCCUUGUCGCCCUCGCAGUCUUCGGCGACAUCCGUGCGCGUGCGCCCGCCUCGGGUGGCUCUCGCGCUGCAGAGGCGUUUCCUCGAGGGGCAGAAAAGAGCCGCCUUCUCGGAGUUGUUCGGCCAGAUCGAAGCGGCCGAGGAGACAGGGUGUCCCCCCUCAAGAGAAGACGGGAACAAGCGCAACGAGGGAGCGCAGAGAGAAAAGGGAGCGGCGACAGGACAGACGGCGGCAGAGCCGACCAGCGAAGGCUCGCGCAGAAGACGAGAAGGACAGAGGAACCGGCGAGAGAGAGAAGACGAUCACGGACAAGACGAGAUGAGACCUAACGGAGAGACAGAAAGAGAACUUGUGCGAGAAGGCCUCCAACCCCAGUCCGAGUCCUUUCCCCGGAAAAGCGCCUCGGGAGACGCGCUCCUCGCGGGGUUGACAGAUAUUGUGCAAAGGCUGAAGCGGCCUGGGGCUCGGUGUGGCGAGACGUCUUCGAUUGUUUUCGCAGCUGAGACGGAGAGCGAUCGAGCGAGAAACGACCGAGGCAAGAUCAAUCUGAGAGACACCGAGAUGGCUCGGCGGCCUGUUGAGGCGAAGUCCGACGCCCAAGAGAAAGAUGACGCUGGAUGGACACUCCAGAAAACGAGCGGCUGCCUUGUGGGCGCCGACUCGGCGCCGCCCCCGCCGAGGGAGACUUUUUCCACGAGUCCGUUUUUCUCUUCUCCGCCUUCUUCGCUGUCCGGAGACGACAAGACCGGCAUCCUCCUUACCCCCGCGUUUCCGGUUCCGGCCAGCCCGCCGCAACUUCCAGCAGCGCACUUGCCGCGAACGCUGACCUUUGGGGAAACGGAAUCGGAGGUUUCUGGCGCUUCGCUGUCUUCGUUUUCCGAUCCGAACGGCUGUCUAAAACCUGCGCGCCACGGGGCGGAGAAGAGGAAGACUGAAGUUGCCCUCUUGCGGAAAGGGCUUCCAACGCGAAAAGAAGAGCGAGAAAAGGCGCUUCCGUGGAGCCUUCCUCGACACGGAGAAGGGCUGUCCAGGCACCCUCCAGUAGUCCUCUCCUCUGCAUGUGAGCAGCGUGAACGUCUCCUGUGUCCUGACUCCGCAUGCGCUCCUCGCGUCGGGGAGACUGCGCGUCAGCCGUGUUUGCAGACGCAGCCCCGGCGAGAAGGCGGUUUGCCCCCGACAGAACACUUUAUCAAAGGUGAAGGAGACGGUGGCGUGUGGCCAAACGCAGAGCCUGCAGGAGAUUCUCGCGAACGGUUCCUCCCUCGCCUACGGUUUCAAAUGGACGACGAGAUGGAAGGGAGCGCAGGCGACGUCGAGGCAGAACACGAGCAAGGCGCGGACAGGCGGGUUGUCGUGGGGAAGCACGAGGGGAAAAAUCGGCUGCGAGACGCGAGAGAAAGCGAAGCGUUCGCGGCGCCAGGAGACGGGCAAAGGGACGGGUACGCGAUGCGAGCGAUACGGACAGUGGGAGAGCAAGAAAAAGGCGAAACGGAGGCCUGUCUCCAGCGCGAGGCACUACCGAGGAAAUGCAGUCGAGACGAGACAGAAGGCGAAAACGAACACAGAGACAGCCAGGGAAGAGCGGGAAGAGGCGAGACACCUGUCUCUGGAUUCUCCUCUCUCGCGCCGUCAAGAGAAGUGACCCAUGUGAUUGCGUGCGCGGCCACACGCCCGUCUUCGCGUGCGCUUCCCAGCCUUCCGGAAACGCCCGAUGUGCGCCUCAUCACCAACGCCAUUUCUGCCUUUUCCGGAAAAAGGCGAGACUCACAGAAGGAAAAGGCUUGA